ACCACUGGGCACUGUUUAAUCAUCCCAAGUGUCACUGACAGAAGCACCCAUUGUAAAAUUUUAUCUUGUCUUUGCAUGAAACAGGGGCUUCAUGGCUUAGGAGACAGGAGUGGGGAUGGCUGACUCCACAGGUGAUCCAGAGAUAGUCAAAGACAUGGAAGAUCUGACAAAAGGGUUGGAGGAGCUCUGUGAGAGCUCUAAGGAGUGGAGAGAGGAGGCACCGCUGCUUUCAUACUUAGAACAGCAUAAUCAUCUUGUCUCUAUACUGAAGAAGAAAGUGGAUGACACACAUGAAUGCUGCAGAGACCUGGAGCAGCUCAACAUGGAGCUGAAGAAACUGAGGGCAGAGGAUGCUGUGAAAGAUAAAACCCAGACCCAGGGUAUUCAGUAUUUGGAGGGGUGCUUCAUAGGUCUGGUCAAAAACCAUUGAAUAAUGAUCCAGUUCAAAAAUGAACACAAAAAACAGCACAUGCAGCUGUGGGAGGAGAACAAGCACCUGUGGCAGGACAGGGAAGCACUCUUCAGGCAGGCUGUGAGGGAGAAGGAAGCUGAAGUACUCCAGCUGGCAGCCCAGGCCAGGAAGCUCUCACUGCAGUUAUGCUCCUUGCAGGAGAAAUAUGCUUAUGAGAGUCACAGAGCCCGGGAGCGAGAGAAGGAGUUGCUGGAAGCUCAGAGCCAGCAAGCAGAUGCCUAUGCCUAGGAGGUGGAUUCACUGAAGAAGCAGCUGCAGCUCCUACAGGAGAGGCACCAACAAGCUGCUGCAAGGGCUGAGCAGGCAGAGUCAGCAGAGGGCUCGGGCAGCGAGCUGCAAGCCAAGCUGGAAAGGGCACACGAAGAGAAAGAGCAGCUACUGAAGCAGGCCAUGGAAAGGAGCAAAGCUCUGCAAGAUAAGGAGAUUCAGAAGCUGGAGAAGCUAGAGACCGUGGAAGAAGUCUUGCAGAGGGCAGGAAGGUGCCUCGAGAAAGAGGCAGCAGCAGCAGACAAAGAUCUGAAGGUUCAAGAGCUCCUAGGGCAGCUAGAGCACAGCAAUCAGCUGUUCAAUGAACUCUUGUUGCGGUUGAAUGCUUACAGAAAGCACAGUAUGGAUUUGCUGACUAAAGAGAGAGCUGUGAAUGUCAAACUCCAUCACUUUGUUGCAUAACUGCAAUUUUUUCUCUGUUCUCAACAGGUGUCUCUAUGAUAACACACCCCCCUGAAUUUUGUUCCUCUCCAUGGGACCAUCCUCUGAUUUCUUUAUAGUGUCCUCACCAGCUUAAACCCUCCUCCACUGACAGUUCUGUAACCUUUUUGUCAUUACACUUUUAUGAAUGUAAGUUGCUACACUCUUAAAUCUGAACAUGGAUCAUUGAACCAGUCAAACGUGACAUGAAUGAUUAGGGUGGAAAACAUAAAUUUUGAUUUGAUUUAUUUAGUGCUAAUCUCUAUUGAAUCAUAGGUUUUUUAUUGUUAAAUCACUUUAUUUUUCAUGAUGACUGAAAGCUCGAUCUCUUAGCCUUUUGUAUUUGAUUCUGCUUUGAAGUUCAACACAGGCUGGGCACAUAGAGACUCUGAGGCCUCAAGAAAGAAAUGCUACCUUGCAAUAUCUCUGAAAUUCUUUAAAUUCAGGGAUAUAACAGGUAAUCUAAUAAUAUCAUAAAACAACUGAUUCUCAAGCAAAUUACUGUUUAUAGUUUUCUACUAGUCUGACAGAUUUCUGCAGUCAUUUAAACCCUAUUUAAUGCCAGAGUAGUAUUUAUAUCCCCAUUCAGCUCAGAAUAAAUUGUCAAGUCUUUUGGAUGAUUUCAAUCUGUUCUUUGGAAUACGAUGAUGUUCUAGAUGUUCGCUAGGGAUUUUUUUCCUGUUUUUAGCUGUUUUCUGCAGAUAAAUAUUAGUGAUACACUCUUCCAUUUUAAGCAUGUCUGGCAGUUUUUGACAAAAAGAAAAAUCUUUCCU